AUGUCGAUCUUAUUUUAUUUGUUACUUGAUACGUGCAUUUUUCGUACGAGUGAGACGGCGUGUAAUGUUGCCUCGCCGUGUUACAGACAGGAGCGGGCUCGUCCGGCGCGUGUAGCGGUGCCGGGCGACACGCGACGCGCUGCUGGCGCCGUGCGCUCAACGUUGACCCGCCCUGGCUGCGGCGCACGCCGCCCCGCUGACGUCACACGCACAAGUAUGUACACACGCGAAAGCAUAAGCACAGGCACAAACAAACCUCCAUUGCAAAAGCAAUAUAGGACAAUCCUCAGAAGGAUGGACUCGGGAUAG